UUCAUCUUAAUGAGUUACGUGAAGCAGUGACCUUAGAUUCCCUCAAGAAAUGGAGGUUUGCCAAGAACAGCACUAUUCACAAUUUAAGGAAGUUUUAGGGGACAGAUUAAAGUGUGAACAAGCUCUUUCUUUUCUGCCACCGCCAUGCCAUCCAGACUGAGGAAGACCCGGAAACUCUGGGGCCACGUGAGCCACGGCCACUGUCGCAUCGGUAAGCACCGCAAGCACCCAGGAGGCCGCGGGAAUGCUGGAGGCGAGCAUCACCACAGGAUCAACUCUGACAAAUACCAUCCAGGUUACUUCGGCAAAGUUGGCAUGAGGCAUUACCACUUGAAGAGGAACCAGAGCUUCUGCCCAACUGUCAACCUGGAUAAAUUAUGGACGUUGGUCAGCAAGCAGACACGGGUCAAUGCAGCAAAAAACAAGACUGGAGCUGCUCCCAUCAUUGAUGUUGUUCGAUCAGGCUACUGCAGAGUUCUGGGGAAGGGGAAGCUCCCUAAGCAACCUGUCAUCGUGAAAGCCAAAUUCUUCAGCAGAAGAGCUGAGGAGAAGAUGAAGGGUGUUGGAGGCGCCUGUGUUCUGAUGGCUUAAAGCCACUUCAGAGGU